AGCAGUCGGGCAUCUUGAAGGGGAAGCGACCGAGGGAGACAGAGCCCUAGCGAGCGAGCGGGAUGCCGGUGCAGGAGGAGCUGGAGCUGGAGCUGAAAGUGGCUACGUGGACAGCCACGAGACGGAGCGAGCAGCGACGGGCGUUUGGCGCGAACAUUGGCCGUGCGAGAGUUUGAGCAGCGGGCGGGGCGAGCACAUUCGAGCCUCGGGCGAUCGAUCGAUCGGCAUGUUGAUGAUGGAGGUGUGAGGCCGAUGCGGCUGAGUCGUCGUCGGAGCGCAGGGCCAGUCAGCUCAGGGUUCUCGCAGUCGGAACGAUGUCUGCGCAGGCCGAUAUCAGGAAGUGGUUUAUGAAAAAACCCGAUCAGAAUAAAGAGAAGAAUGAAGAUUCGUCUAAAAACCUCUCUGACGAGGGAGGGCCUGGUGCGAAGUACAAGAAAGAGAGCAAGUUUUUUUCUGGAGGUGGUGCGAUGGGGAAGAGCACAACUCCCAGCGCGGCAGAUAAAUCGAAGCUGAAGCUGGAGAAGAAGAGCUCAGAUGCUGGAAAACGAAAGAGCGAAGAGGGUCUUCACAUUUUGGAGCAGGAGAACGGCACUCCUCCCAAGAAACCUCGGAUGGUUAUUCCAGCUUCGGAUGAGCUCAACGUGAAGGGUAAACGGAAGAUCGAAACUCCAGUAGAAAAGAAACCAAAAGAAACUCCCGUGAAAACCCCAUCUGCAACUAGGGCCAGGGGGACCGGGAAGUUUGUUAUAAUAGAAUCUGAAGACGAAUUAGAUAACGAAAAUUUCCAAAGUGACAGUCCAGUUAAAACCCCAGCCAAACCUCCCGCGACUACUGUAGGAAGAGGGCGAGGACGAGGAAAACCUCCCAGCACGCCAGAAGUCAAGUCUACACCACAGAAACCUGCACCAACGGCUACUGCGAUUGGUAGAGGUCGAGGAAAGCCAGCUGACGACACGAAUGGGGAAACGAAGGCCCCUGCAGGAAGGGGCCGUGGAAGGGGUGGAGGUGGAUUUGGAGGUGCUCCAUGGGGAGGACAGGGGGUCCCACCGCACAAAGGGGAAAAGGAGGUUCCUCAAGGUGCAGAGGAUGCUCUGAAUGGGUUAACAUUUGUCAUCAGCGGAACUCUUGACAGCUUGGAGCGAGAUGAGGCAGAACUUUUGAUUAAAAGUCAUGGUGGUCGAAUUACAUCUGCUGUCAGUAAGAAAACGAGCUUCUUAUUGGCCGAUGAAGACGUUGGAGGUGCCAAGUCUAAGAAGGCCAAAGAACUUGGUGUGAAAUUUCUAACAGAAGAUGAACUCUUUGAGAUGAUCAAAGCCUCAAAACCCAAGACAUCUGCAAGCAAGCCCGUAGAUACAAGCAGAACACCACAGAAGCCGUCUACGAGUAGACCACAGGCUGACUCGAAAGUUCCCGCUGUUCCCGCGUCACCAGGAGGAAGAUACAGCAAGACAGAUACAAAGAUGAAGGCUUUGCCGCCAGCAUCGAAAUCUGGUGUGGCAAGAAAACAAUCACAGUCGUGGCCUACUAAGCACCAACCUAAAACUACGGCUGAUAUCAUCGGAAAUCAGGGCAUUGUAAAACAGUUGAGAGACUGGCUACAGCAUUGGGAGGCAAAUUUUGGACACACUGGUGGCAAAGGUGCUAAGGGGAAGAAGCGUGAUGCUGCUAGCAGCUCGCCUGCGCUUAAGAAGGCUGUGUUGCUAAGUGGAACACCCGGAAUUGGGAAAACAACAACCGCCCGCUUGGUUUGUGCAGAGCUGGGCUAUGAAACAUUAGAGGUCAAUGCGAGUGAUUCUCGCGGCAAGUCUGAUUCAAAUGUCAAGAGAGGCAUGGGUGGUAGUACAGCCAAUACAAUCAAGGAGAUGGUCAAUAACGAGAGCAUCUCUUUCAAGACUGGAAAGGGACAUUCUCAAAAAUCAGCCCUGAUCAUGGACGAAGUAGACGGCAUGUCCGGAGGGGAUCGAGGUGGUGUGGCAGACUUAAUUGCAAGCAUCAAGUCCAGUCGUGUUCCUAUAAUAUGUAUCUGCAACGACCGAUAUUCGCAGAAGCUGAAAAGUCUUCUCAAUUACUGUCUUGUUUUGAGUUACAGGAAACCUACAAAACAACAGAUGGCGAAGAGGUUGAUGCAAAUUGCAAAAGCAGAGGGUAUCCAGGUAGCUGAGAAUACCCUAGAAGAAAUAGCUGAACGAUCGAACGGGGACAUGCGAACGUCUUUGAACCAGUUACAGUACAUGAGUCUACGUACAACUGCUCUUAAUUUCAAUGAUGUUCAUACUCGCCUCGUUGCUAGUGCGAAAGACGAAGCUCUUUCACCAUUCACUGCCGCAGAGAAAUUGUUAGGAUUUGAAGGACGGAAUUUGAGAAUGGACGAUCGGGUGGACAUGCACAUGUCUGAUGCAGAUUUAGUACCCCUUAUUGUCCAGGAAAACUAUCUAAAUUUUCUACCAAGCGAAGCCAGCAGAGACAGCACGGGUCUUCUUCUCAUGGACCGUGCAGCUCGUGCGGCCAUGUCCAUAGCAGAAGGAGAUAUUGUGAAUGGACAGAUUCGGCGACGUAAUCAGUGGCAGCUCUCUCAGACAUCAGGAUUUUUGUCCUCUAUAAUUCCUGCUGCAUUGAUGCAAGGUCAGCGGAAAGAAUUUGAGGGUGGUCGAGGUAACUUCAACCGAUUUCCUGCCUGGCUUGGUAAGCAAUCAAACUUCAAGAAGAAGGUCCGUCUUUUGGAGGACGUGCACAUCCACCUCCUAGCCUCGCGCAUCUGUGAGCCUACUAGGGAGUCCAUACGGUUGAGCUAUGUUCCUCUAUUUCUACUGCAGAUUGCACACCCUCUACGACAUCUUCCUAAGGAGGAGGCGGUCGAACAGGUGGUGGACCUCAUGAAUGAAUAUUCUCUUACCCAGGAGGAUUAUGAAACGAUCUUGGAAGUAUCAGAAUUUAAGGGACACCCAGAUCCACUGGAAGGAGUGCAAACCGCAGUAAAAACUGCGUUUACUAAAUGUUACAAAAGUAGAAUGCUUGAUCGCGUUGUGCGCUCUGCUGAUCUACUUCCACCCAUGUCUCUACCGGGUCAAAAGAAGGCCAUUAAGAAACCAAAGCGUUUGGUGCUGGAUGAGGUUGAGACUGGCAACGGUGACGACGAGGUCAUCAAAGAGGAAGAGUUCUCACUCUCAGACGAUGAGGAUGAAGUUGACGAGGACAACGAAGACGUUGAGAAUAUAGAAUCGAUGCUAACAUCCAAUGGGACAACCAAAGUGACUUUGGAGCGGGCUAAUCAACCUAAAGGGCGAGGAGCCGCAGGGAAAUCUAAAACACCCUCGAGAACGCCAGCUAAGACCCCAGCUAAGACGCCAGCAAAGAACAAACAGGAUUCUACUUCGAAGGCAGGCCCUUCCAGUGCCAAAAGAAGGAAGUAAGAUCCUAGUAGAUGGUAAGACAAGUGCACUGAGUUUCCUUAAGUUUUUUCUGACUGAAGGUUGCAACCCUGGUAUGGAAGAGGCAAAAGUCAAUCUGGGAACUAGAAUCUGUCACCAUAGUACAGAGAUGGCUUCUCUGUGAGUGUAAAUUAAGACUUAGACGCAGCUGUACUGUUACAACAAUGCUUAUCUUUAUACCUGAACAGGUUUAGAGUAUCUCUGCCUAGGAAGUUUCCCUUUUUGUACAAUGUCAUAACGAAUCUCACUGAAAUAGAAUCCGAUCAGG